ACAUGCUUGUUCAUGUCUCACUCACUGGGACCAGGUGAUUUCAGCUAGGACAACGCAGGUGGACACCUUCAGCCGCGAUGCCGCCCAAGAAGAAGGGAGAGCAUAAGGACUCAGAUGUCAUUGAGGAACGAAAUGCCCAGGUGCAGCUGGAGAAAGCCAAGUACAAGCCUGUGGCAUUCGCUGUCCGUUGCAACUUCUCCUACACACCAGCUGACGACGACAACGUCCCCGUACCGGGCCAAGCCGUCACCUUUGAGGCCAAAGACUUCCUGCAUGUCAAAGAGAAAUUUAGCAACGACUGGUGGAUUGGACGGCCUGUAAAGGAGGAUGGUGUGGUGGGCUUCGUCCCCAGCCCAGUCAACCUGGAAACCAUUCUCAUCAGAAGAGAAGUCCAAGCAAGGAAAGCUGCCAAGGCCUUAGCCAACAAAGCAGCAUCUCAAGUGGCACAAGAUAUGAACUCCAAGAAAUACACUCCUCCAUCACAAGCCAAUCAGCAGGUGAAAAAGAAACCAGGGGAGCAGGUCAGCAUGUACGAUGUGGUGCCUACAAUGCGUCCUGUGGUUCUCAUGGGGCCGUCGCUGAAGGGCUUAGAGGUCACAGAUAUGAUGCAAAAAGCACUCUUUGACUAUUUAAAGCACCGGUUUGAAGGAAGAGUUACCAUCACACGAGUCACCGCUGACAUCUCUUUGGCUAAACGCUCCAUCCUCAGCAAUCCAGGCAAGAAGGCCUUAAUGGACCGAUCCAACACCCGAUCUAAUUUAGAUACCGCUGCUCAGAUCCAGGGCGAGGUGGAGCGGAUAUUUGAGCUGGCCCGCAGCAUGCAGCUGGUGGUUUUAGAUGCAGACACAGUCAACCACCCUCUGCAGGUGUCCAAAACCUCCCUCGCACCAAUCCUUGUGUACGUGAAGAUUUCUUCACCGAAAGUGUUGACAAGACUCAUCAAGACCAGAGGAAAGUCUCAGACCAAACACCUUAAUGUUCAGCUUGUAGCAGCCGACAAACUCGCUCAGUGUCCGCCGGAAAUGUUUGAUGUCAUCUUAGAUGAGAACCAGCUGUCAGACGCUUGUGAGCACAUCGCCGAUUACCUUGAAUCCUACUGGAGAGCAACACACCCACCAGAGAUGGAGCCUGCUAAUGCACUGGUGGCACAGCUGGCGGAGAACACGCUGCCGGCCAGUCCCACAUCAAUACCGGAUGAGCAGAAGAGUAAGAAGUCCGCUGCCCCAAAGAGAAAAGGCUCUCGUGAGAACCACCAAGACUCUGAGACCCCAUCAGUCCCAGAUCAGGAGCAGAGAGCUGAGGAAGGCCAAAGAGAAGAGGAAAAGGAGCAUCUUUUGAUUGAACCAAAGAAACCCCAACACACCCACCACCAUCAUCACCACCACCAUCAUCACCGUCGGACGGAGCAACACAGCCACACCCAGCACAGCCAAAUACCCAGAGGCGUGGAUAUAAAGUCAGGCAGGGAUCAAACUCAAAGGCUUCCACGGAGUCACCCUCCUGAGGAGAGGGAGGAGGAGAUGGAGGAUGUGGUAGAUAGGGCAGAGGAGGAGGAGACACACUACAACCAACAGUCCCAUAACCAUCAUCAUCACAGCAGCAACCACCACCAUCACCACCACCAUCAUCACCAGCGCCUACGUGGAAACAACCAGCUGCACGACGGGGAUGGCUAUGACCAGGAGCACAAUGAACGCAACCGACAUCAACGGCAUCACCAGCAUAUCCCAACACGGACGCACCACACGGAUCACUAUCCUGCUCACAAUCAUCACAGCUACCACCACUACUACAGCAGAGACAGGGACAGGGACAGAGAUCGAGAUCGAGACAGAGAAAGACACAGGGACAGAGACAGAGGUAGAGACAAAGAUGUCUGACAGUGGCACAGAGAUUCUUAUCUAGACUAG